UUGUGUGACUGUCGACAGAGUGCAGCAGCAGACGUGCAGAAGUUUGUGCAAGUAGUGCCAGUGAACUGUCAGACCAUACUUCGCUGAACUGAUAAAUGGACAGCAGUCCUUAUGGUUUCAUGUGAAGUAGUUAUGGAAGAUCGCGACAAGCAGAAGAAGAUUGAGUCGAUCGGCAAGAUGACGCAGAUGACGCAGGAGGAGAUCGUGACGAACACGAAGACGGUGGUGCAGGGCCUGGAGGCGCUCAAGAACGAGAUCAACUCGAUCCUGAACGGGCUGUCGCCGGCGCUGGAGCCGCAGGGGCCGGCCGGCUCGCCGGACCACGCCGGCGCCGAGAAGGCGGGCCUCGUCCGCAAGUUCCUCGACACCAUAGAGCUGGGCCUGGGCGAGGCGCAGGUUAUGACAGCAUUAUCUGCUCACCUGCAAGUUGUGGAAGCAGAGAAGCAGAAACUACGCACUCAGGUUCGGCGCUUGUGCCAGGAGAAUGCUUGGCUGCGUGACGAGCUGGCCAACACUCAGCAGAAGCUGCAGGCUUCGGAGCAGGCCGUUGCCCAACUGGAGGAGGAGAAGAAGCACUUGGAGUUCAUGGCCUCCAUCCGCAAAUACGAUCAAGAUGUCUCGGGUGAUGACUCUAGUUCGGAGACGAAGCAAGAUAAGCCGAAGAUUGAUGACCCUGUAGUAGACCUUUUCCCUGAUGAGGACACAGAUGAAAGAAACACCAUGUCACCCACACCUCCAACCUUGGCUACCCAGAUGGCUGUGGGGUACGAGAUACCAGCACGGUUGAGGACACUACACAACCUAGUUAUCCAGUACGCGUCACAAGGACGCUAUGAGGUGGCCGUGCCCCUCUGCAAGCAAGCUCUGGAAGACUUGGAGAAGACGAGUGGCCAUGACCACCCGGAUGUGGCCACUAUGCUCAAUAUCCUGGCACUCGUUUACAGGGACCAGAACAAGUACAAGGAAGCAGCAAACUUGUUGAACGAUGCCCUUAACAUCAGAGAGAUGACACUGGGAGAGAACCAUCCAGCAGUUGCAGCAACAUUGAAUAAUUUAGCUGUUCUUUACGGCAAGAGGGGUAAGUACCGAGAAGCUGAACCCCUGUGCAAAAGAGCCCUCGAGAUCAGAGAGAAAGUACUUGGCCGCGAGCAUCCAGAUGUGGCUAAGCAGCUCAACAAUCUAGCUCUGCUGUGUCAGAAUCAGGGCAAGUAUGAAGAGGUUGAACGGUAUUACCAGAGAGCUCUGGAGAUAUACGAAGCCAAGUUGGGUCCUGAUGACCCAAAUGUUGCUAAGACAAAGAAUAAUCUGGCAUCAUGUUACCUGAAACAAGGCAAAUACAAGGAAGCUGAGAUUUUGUACAAACAAGUGUUGACUCGUGCCCACGAGCGUGAGUUUGGGGCCAUUGAUGGUGAUAACAAGCCGAUUUGGCAAGUGGCCGAGGAGCGAGAGGAGAACAAAUGUCGUAACAAGGAAAAUGUCCCUUACGGCGAGUAUGGAGGAUGGCACAAAGCUGCCAAAGUGGAUUCACCGACGGUGACGACGACACUGAAAAACCUCGGUGCCCUCUACCGGCGACAGGGCAAGUACGAAGCGGCAGAGACCCUGGAAGACUGCGCCCUGCGCUCACGCAAGGAGGGACUGGACUUCGUGAAACAGGCAAAGGUGGCUCAAAUCCUCAGCGAGUCCGGAGAGAGGCGCCGCAGCGGCUCUUCAGGAAAGGAGCGCAACAGUCGCCGUGGCUCGCGCGAGUCCCUCGACUCGAUGCAGUACGAAACGGGAGAAGAGACGGCUGCACCCAUUGGUAUUGUACAGAGAACACAGGAAGGCGGGCAGUCCGACGCCCGACAGGGAGGGUUAAAGACCAAACUCUUGAACGCUCUCGGACUGCACACUUCGUGAACGAAUGGGAAAGUCUGUGCAUUUGGCGUAACACUUAAGAAAUGACUGGAAAAGUUCCUUCCAGUUGUGUCCGUAAAGUGAACUUUUAUUGUAAUUAAUGUAGCUGUAAGUUAUUGACGUGAAACCGUGUAGGAUGCUAAAAGUGGCUAUUAAGUGCUGUUUUUCUAGAUUUUAUUGAUUUACUUUCCUGUUUUACUUCUAAAGCUGAUGAUUUUAUUGUAUUCUGUAAACGAAGAAAUGUAACAAAUGGUGCAAACUCGAUAACUAGGGGUGUGGGUGUAAACAGUUUGUGAGAUAUUCCCUCAUCAUUACUUAUGUACUUUACUACAGUGUUGAAAAUAGUUAAAUUGCUGACAGCUUAAAGAAAUUUCAUUUACUUUGCACAUAUUUUGUGGUGCAUUAUAACAGAAACAGCCGCAUGUGGUAUUUGCUAUACGGAUAAAAAUUGUUCACCCAGUUAUCUUAAAGUCCAGAUAAUGUUUCCAGAUUCUCUCCAAAGCCUAUUCUGUCAAUUUGGUUUCUUUCUAAGACAAAAGUAUUCCACUAUUCUUUCUGCCCAGCCUUCCUGUGUUGCAGUAAAUUAAGUUUUAAUUGAAGGGGCAGUGGAAGACAGUGCUAACCCUCAAUUUAGCAAGGAUUGCCCUUUUCGUGAUGUCUGCUUUUCAGAUGCUCCACAUUAAAGGAAAAAUUAGUUACCAUUGUACUAUUAGAAAGAAUUUCCUAGUAUUCAAAUUGUUUUACCUUAUUGUACUUCAUAUAGGCUAUGACUUUAACCAGUAACUCAGAAUUAUGCUCUCAGGCUAGCACACUCUUCUGUAGACCCGUCAAAUUAGAACUUCCUUUUCCUGUGCCGCGCAGGCAGUGCACCAGCAGUUGUGCUCCUGCAAAGGCUACUGGAGAUCUUCCUUCCAGAUGGCACUCGGUGGCCUCUAAUAAUCUUUCCCUGGGUACUAUUGUCCAUAGUGACAUUAUUUAAUAAAAAUGCGUCUCGGCUCUGUGUAGGUAAACACUUAGCAAAUGAGACCAGCUGACGUUGAAAUAUGUCAGUCAAAGAAAAACUCUGUUCCAACAUGUGAACAAUGAUACUGUGAAGUGUAAUGGAUUACGAAUUUUAAUUUUAGCACUCAUUACACCUGUGGGACAUAUUACAAAUUAUGUAAAAUGUAUAUAAAUUUAUAGCAGGCAUAUAACUUUAAAAAAUUUGACCAUCCUGUUCAUAAGUAGUUUGGCAACAGUGUGGAAUUUUUUACUUUUAUUUUCUAUCAGUUGUAUUUAACUAAGUGAAGAAAAAUACUUCAUAUAGCUCAGUAUUCGUGCAUUGCUUUGUAAUGUGAUCUACACAAACAUAUUGACAAGUCUCUUGGUGCAUUAAUGUAAUUUCAACACUGGGGUUAAUCUUACCCAUCACCUUUAGUGUCCAGAGAGUACUAUCUGAGAUACUAUUACAAGAAAAGUGGUUUUAUUUGCUAUUGGUGAUUUAAUCUCCUGUCACAGUUGUAGCACAAUAUCCUUAAGUGGGUUUUUGUGAUACACCAGAGAGUCCAGUGUCACUUCUAUACAGUUGAUUCCCUUCGUGUCUGCGGUUGUACUGAAGUCUUGGAAUUGUGUUUGUUGGUGACUCACUGAAAAGCGUGCACUAUUUGAUCACUAAUUUUUAGGUAAUAUGAUUUCCAACAGAUACUUUGCUGUCUCCAUUUCGUUUGUGUUUAUUCAGCUGUCUGUAGCCCACUCUUCAAAAGGCUGUUAGUACAAAUACUAAAAAAAAGUGCAGGCUGACAACUUGCUCGAAGCAUAAAUUCUUUCAGAAAUGUCACUGUAUAUUCAGUCCGCCUGCUUAGCUGGGUGGUAAUGUGCUCGCCUCUCGUGCAAGCGGGCCCGGAUUCGAUUCCCGGCCAGGUUUGGAGAUUUUCUCUGCUCGUGGAUUGGGUGUCGUGUGUUGUCCUCGUCAUCAUUUCGUCCUCAUCACCAGCACGCAAGUGGCCCAAUGUGGCAUCGACUGCAAUAAGACCUGCACCUGGUGGCAUCCUGGCCAACUGUGCUGUGCGCUCAUUUCCAUUGUGUAUUCCGUGUGGCAUUUUCGUUGCAUUUGUGCAAAAGUUUUUAAAACAUUAAUCUUGCCUUGGAUAUUUCCAGCCUAGAAGUUUUGGACUGGUAGAAUAAAAGUAACUGUGUUGCAAAGCCAUCUAAAAUUUCCAAAUUGGUGCUGCAAUCUGAUAGUGAGUUUGACAAAAGUAUUGGGCAUCUCCUCAGAUCACGUAGUGUGAAUGCUUUGAAAUUCAAUGAAAAACUCUUGUUGGUUGAGGUAGUUCAGCAGCACUUCUUUUAAUUUUUUGUACCACUUCAGUGAAAUCCAAAUUUUGGAAGUACCAGGAUGGAAACAAUUAACAAGAGAUACAAAAAGCAACCACUCACCCAUAGUACAUUGACAAGUGGCACACACAGACGGCAGCACUGACUUGUUACUAGCUUUCUAGCUGCGACUUCAUGUUUCAGAAUAAACAAAAGACACUCAUAUGCAGCUCUUGGCCACAGCCUUUGUCAGUAAAAGGG